AAUUAUCUAUAAAACCACAGCAGCUUUCUGUUAGUUCAGUGGAGGUAAGCAAAGUCGAUAAUUGUGCGGAAAUAGACUUGAUGUUACUUGCGUGAAGAUAUUUUGUUUAUCGAAUAAUCAUGAAGUAUCUUGCUUUACUGGGUGUUUUGUGUUGCAUUGUGGCGGUGGUAAAAAGUCAAGACAAUGAAUAUACGAAAGAAGAAGAUUUUAACACUGGGAAAGACAAAUAUACGGAGGGAAAUAAGCAAUCGAACGCGUAUAGUAAUGCAAUCAAAUUUGACUUCAAUGCUGUGACUGGCCAACUUACUGGAGGUUGUAUAUGGCAAAUCGGGGAAGGUAGAAAAGAUGGAGUCUACUCUAAAGUAUCUGUUGGAACAGUUACUAGUGGAACACAGUGUAUGUUUCUCUGCACGCGCAGCAGUACUACAUACAAUGGUGCGAUUUUGCGAUACAAUAACGCGUGCUACUGCAUUGCCGGAAUGGAUGGUCGCGACAACGACAGCAAUUAUCUCACGUGUUCAAUAAGAUAAACUAAGUUACCAAUUCGCAACAGUAGUGCUUUGAUUACAGCCCGUUUUCUCUCUCAUCGAAAUGGUAAAAGGUCUGGAAACGAGGGUGGCUUUGAUUAAUCUUCUGAGAUUUUUAUUUGCAACUCAUCUGCUUAUGUUUGAUGUAAGGUAACACUCGCAAAUGAAGAAACGCCCUUUUGAGGUAAGUCGUAUUAAAACGGGCGUUUACACAGAUGGCGGUAAUUUUGAAAUCUAAGAAUCUGUUUAUUCAUAUUGAAGCGACUUUUUAAAAGUCUUUUAAUUUAAGUUUUGUUAAUUUUUUAUUUACUUUUUUAUAUAUAUAUUUCUGCUACUUCAUUCUUUGCUCUUUGUAAACGAUUUGAAUAGAUUCUAGAAUAUAAGUUACUUUUGAGCGCUA